AUGGCUCAUUCUAGAUUUUCAAUACCCAUUACAAUUACUGAUGAAUCUACUUGCAACAUCAAGCAUGGCAGUUUGAAGGCUGAGCUGCUCAUCCAAAGUAACUUAAUAAUUUGGGAUGAAGCUCCAAUGCUCAAUAAAAUGUGCUUUGAAGCACUUGAUCAGACGCUCAGGGAUCUUAUGUCAGUUACCGAUCAACAUAAGACACAUCAACCAUUUGGUGAUAAGGUUGUUGUUCUAGGAGGUGAUUUUAGACAGAUACUUCCGAUGAUUCCGAAAGGGAGUAGACACGAUAUAUUGACAUUAACUAUUAACUCAUCCCAUCCGUGGUCGUUUUGUAAGGUUCUGAAACUGCAUACGAGCAUGAGGCUUCUAAUGCCUUCUUCGGAUCAAGAUGAAGGUGAAAUAAAGAGAUUUGCUAAUUGGAUACUUGAUGUUGGAUACUUGAUGUUGUCAUGUUCAAAAAAGUUUUUAAUAAUAUUUAGAUAA